AUGACAGCUUUGAGAUUGGACCUUUUCAAGACCCUGGUGUCAUUAUUUCUCAUCUUUGCCACCAUCUGCCAUGGUUUUUCCUCAAGCCCAUCAUUUCGUCCCGUAAGGAGUUCUUCCCGGCUUCAACUUUUCGAUUUGAAGUCAAUAUUUUCCUCCUCUGAUACAGACAAAACAACUGCCAGUAGUAGUGUCACUGAGGUUGACAGCUUAAAAGGUCAAGUGGAAGAAUUGAUUAUUGUAACCCAGGGCAAAGCAGCUGCAAUUCACUUGUUGGAUCCAAUAUUCGAGCAAAUUGAAUCUCAAAACACAGUGGAAGCUCCCAAUCGGGACCCAAAUUUCAAAGGACGAUGGCAUGUGUGGUUCACAGAUUGUCCACCACCAUCCAAUGGUCAGCUGGGUCCAUUCCAAGGAAGUGCCGAACAAGACAUUGUCGCCCAAGGGAACGAGUACAACAACAUUUUGAGACUGCCAUCCAAUAGCCGUGAUGACCAAUGGCUAACGGUUGUUUUGGAUGGAAUUUGGGAAGAUUGGGACGGAAAGGAGCUCUCUGAUGGUGAUGAUAGUGACAGUAGUACUGGUGGUAGUUUUUCUACCCCAUUAGAAGGAACGGAUUGGGGAGCCAAGUAUUGGAAGGUGACAUUUUUGAGACUCAACUUUAGUCUGUUUGGCAACCUGUUGCUCUCGAAAGACUUUCCGGCCGGGGUUGCAAGAGUUUGGCGAAGUACCUACUUGGACGACGAUACAAAAAUAGUGCGCGCCUCGAGAACAGGUCGGCCAGACGAUGAGAGUGUCUUCUACAUGAAACGAUCUGUGAGGCCAAACAAAAACUAG